AUGCACUGUUACAAGCGAAAUCCCAUAUACAGUAAAUGGUUUAAAGAUAAACAGAUUAUAACAGGAUACCCUGACGAAAACAAGGUUUACAAUUUCCCAACUAGUGUUCUAUACACCAUUACUGAUGCAAACGAAGAAUCUCAAGGAAUUUAUACCGUUGAAGUAAUACCUACAAUUGCUGAUGGUGAGAAAAAAGUUGAAGGCCAGUAUCAAGAUGACGUAUCUGUUAUUAUAUUACCUCCUCCUCCACGUGUUCUAAUACCACGUAAUGCAAGUGUUGAGCCUAGAACAGACGCCAUACUCACUUGUAAUAUAUUCAGUUUAAAUGAAAAUGUUGAAGUUAAAUGGUAUCGUGGCUUGGAACCAAGAUUCGAACUAAAAAGUGGUCGAAGACACACAAUUAAAUUAAACCAAGAUACACCUCCUGGUGGUUUGACUUCUGCUUUUACAAGCACAUUGACAAUAAGAACUGCAACUGAAAGUGAUUCAGGGAAGUAUAUUUGUGAAGCAGAACAUAAAGGUGGAGUUAGCGAAGCUGAUGGAUUUCUCAUUAUUCACACUCGUCCUGUCGUAACUUCCGAUGAAGAGAUUAUCACGUUCAAAGAGGGAAGUGCACUUGUCUUAAGUUGUCGUUCAGAAGGAGCACCAAAGCCCAAAAUUAUAUGGGCCUACAAUGAUGUACCGAUUACGAUAUCUACUGAUGAUGACCAACGUAUAACAAUCAUUGAAGAAUUCUUUGAGUCAAGAUUGAUUAUUCGUCCUGCGAAAGCUGGUGAUGCCGGUAACUAUUCCUGCAUAGCUGUUAAUUCAGCCGGUAACAGUACAAUGCAAAUUGUUGCCAAUUUCAUAUCGCUGCCGAAAAUUGACAAACUAGAAAUAUCUACACCACUACCAGUAGAAGGCCAGGAACAAAUAUUCACCUGUCACGUUUCCGGGAAACCGAAACCUAAAGUAAAAUGGGAUUUUAAUGGCAGUCCAGUUACUAGUAGUCCAGGCAUCCAUAUUGAUGAGGAGACAGGAGUACUUAAACUACUUUCAGUUCGUCAGGAUAUGAAAGGAGAGUGGACAUGUCUUGCUGAAAAUAUUGCUGGUUAUACAAGAGAGUCUGUUCUAAUGGAUGUUGGAUUCCCACCAAAAGUGCUUACAGAUUUCACCAGUUCAAAAGUGUUAGCUGAAUUUGCAAUGGACACAACUUUGAGUUGCCCAGUGACUGGUCAACCACUUCCCAGUGUUAAAUGGUAUCGAGUUACUGGAUCAGGAAAUAUACCAUUGAGUUUUGGGGACCGUUAUAUCUUACAGGCUGAUAAUUCUUUAUUAAUACAUGAUGUCAAUAUGGAGGAUGGAGGUGUUUUUCUCUGUGAAGCUGUUAACAUGUAUGGUAAAGUUGGUUAUUCGGUUACCGUUGACAUUGGUGGCACUAAGGCUCCAUCAAUUUCAUUUACACAACCUAAACAAUUAGUUUUAUUGGGUACACAAGAGAAACAAAUUAUCUGCAAUGUCCUAGAUGCUAAACCAGCUGCCACUGUUAUCUGGUUAAAAGAUAAUCAACCGAUUGAUACACGAACAAGCGAUAAAUACUUUUUGGAUGGAUUCAAUUUGAUUGUUCGAGAUAUAGAAAUUGAAGAUGAAGGGAUCUAUACAUGUAUUGCGCGCAAUGUAGUUGGAAAAGCUAAAUUCGAUAUUGAAUUGGAUGUUCAAGCUAAACCCCAGUUUUCAGAUUCAUCAGUUGGAGGUAAAAUCGAUGUAACACAGGGGGACAAUUUAGUUCUGGAAUGCAAAGUUGAAGGCGAUCCAAAACCAAUUGUUGAAUGGCGUAAAGAUGGUCCAGCUAUUGUCAUUUCACCUGAUGGAUAUACAUUGACAGUAUAUUCAGUUACCGAUGCUGUCGCCGGAAGCUUUACCUGUUCUGCUAUUAAUGUUCAUGCAAUUGAAUCAAAAGAAUUCGAGAUCACAGUUAAAACACCACCUGUUAUAUCAAAGGAAGGUAGCGCCGAAUUUGAAUUAGGAAAUCAAGAAGUUGGUUUGUUGACAUGUAUCAUUGCUAUCAGUCAGCCACCAGCUAAAAUAACUUGGUAUAAAGAUGGUAGACCUUUGGAACAAAUUCCUGGACGUAUCAGUUUCCUUGAUCAUGGACACACAGUUGAAAUACGGGGUAAAGAUGAAGAUGACUCAGGAUCGUAUGAGUGCCGGGCUGAAAAUGUGGCUGGGGGAGACUCUAGAUUUUAUCAAGUAACUGUGUUAAUCCCACCAGAGAUUACAACAAUUGGUACAUCUACUCGUCGACUUGUUCAACCAGGCCAUAAGCUAGAACUUGAAUGUGGUAUGACCGGUUAUCCAGAACCCAAAUUAACAUGGUAUUGGAAUGGCAAACCAUUAUCUGGUACAGAUGACCAACAAGAAACAAUUGCAUCGAGUUUAGGCAUGCAAAUAAUUAAUAUGAGUCCUGAAAGAAAAGAUUUAUUUAUACAAGAAAUGAGCACGGCUCUACAAGGAAAUUAUACGUGUACAGGUAUGAAUAAAGGAGGUUCAACUGACUUGACGUAUGAAGUGAUAUUACUCGAAAAACCUCGAAUCGAUAGUUUGAAUGAAAGAGCUGUUGUAUUCGUUAACAAUACAAUAACAUUGACUUGUGAAGCAACGGGCAGUCCACCGCCAAAUAUUACUUGGCUAUUCAAAGGGAAACCACUGGAUUUACACAAUGAUCUAGGGUAUCGAUUAGUUGGUCCAAAAAAUUUGAUGCUUUUAUCAGCGAAGCCCUACCAAGGUGGUGAAUAUGAAUGUCUUGCAGAAAAUGAAGCUGGAACAGCACAUGCGUUAACUAUUUUAACUGUUUUUGAACCAACUGGUGAAAGAAAUAUGGCACAAAAUCUUACAAUUAGAACAAUACAUAUGGGUGGAAAUAUCACAUUCACCUGUGUUAUGAGUUCGAAUCCACCAGCGCAAAUUAAAUGGUUUAAAGAUGAAGAAGACAUUUAUAGUGUUAUGCCACAAGAUCGCUUUUCAAUUAGUGCUGAUGGGUCAGCCCUAACCAUACUUGAUGUUCGUCUUGAGGACCAAGGUCAAUUUAAAUGUCUUGCCGUCAACAUACCUGGAUCCUGGAACUAUCAUUAUACACUUGAAGUAACAUCGUCUCCUGGUAUAUUAAGACAUUCGUCCUCUCCACCUAAAGUGAAUGUCAACGAUGGCCAGGAAUUACGUCUACAGUGUCUAGCUACAGCAAACCCAGAGCCAAUCUACCAGUGGUUGAAAGAUGACACACCUCUGGCUCGUACAGAUGUUGCCAAUUUAAGCAGCCGUUAUGAACUUCAUGAUCAAGGACGACUUUUAUUAAUAAGAGGUGUUCAAACACAUGAUGCAGGACGAUUCACUUGUGUGGCUAGUAAUCCCGUUGGAGAAGAUAGACUAGAUGUCGAAGUUCAAGUUUCAUCUUCUCCUAGAUUUCUUGAUGGCUUAGACCAUGAGUCCCCAGUACUAGAAAGAGGUAAACCGAGUUAUUUGUGGUGCAAUGUCACUGGACACCCGGAACCAGAAAUCCGUUGGGAAUAUGAUCUCCCAUCCACUGGUCCAGGUGAUCGUAACAUACAACAGCGCUUGAGCGGCCGGCAAUUAAUUUUGCCAAAUGUUGACUAUGGUGUCAUAACUCGUUACAUUUGUACUGCUAAAAAUAAAGCUGGUGAAAUUAAACGAAUAUUUGAUCCAACCUUAGUAUAUUCACCGGUUAUUAUUGGACCAGAGGGGAAGAAUCCCAGACAAGUCUUGCAGAACUCAAGUGCACGUUUGAUUUGUGACUGGGAAGCAUCACCGAGAGCUAGAGUGGAAUGGUUCAAAGAUGGUGAAUUAAUUACUGUAGAUACAUUUCCGAAUGCUAACAUUUCCGUUGGAGAUACACAGCUUUAUCUUACCGAUGUGCAAACUUCGGACGCUGGAAAUUAUCGUUGUGUAGUAAGCAAUGAAUACGGUGUAGCUAAACGUCAAUGGCUUGUACAAGUAAUGUCGCCACCAUCUAUCAGAUUUUCAAGUCCUGAAGGAGAACACAGUGUUGCACUAGGAUCUAAUUUAGCACUAUUUUGUGUUGCAACUGGUCAUCCAUUGCCUAAGAUUACAUGGACAAGAGAUGGAAAACCAAUUAGCGGUGCGAAAUAUACAAUCAGUGAAGAUUAUAUUCACUUAAGACUUACUGAUGUCGAAGAGAAUGAUGGUGGUCGGUACGCAUGUCAUGUGAUGAGUGAAUAUGGACAAGUCUCAAAAACAUUUGAUGUUAAAGUUACUUAUGGACCUCGGUUGGAUCCAGAUGGACAAUUACAAUAUAGUUUGGAGCGUACUGUUGGUGCUAGUGCACUUCUUGAGUGUCUUGUAUCCGGUAAUCCUAGACUAAAGAUUGAAUGGUUUAAGGAUGGAGUACCACUUGAUCAACUUUCCUACAGAUAUCGUUUGAUAAAUCAAGAUCGUCAAUUAGAAAUAAUAUCAAUGCAACCGACAGACGCUGGUCGUUAUAGAUGUGUUGCGAAAAAUAACUACGGUCAGCUAGAAAUCAACACAGAUGUUUCAGUCGGAGCUCCAGCUCGCAUUGAUCGUGGACGUGUACGUACGGAAUAUACAGUUCGUGAGGGAGAUGAACUUGUACUGCCAUGUCCUUCUACUGGAUCACCAAUACCGAAACUUCACUUUUCUCGUACUGGUGAACCUCGUCUGGGCGGUAGAUAUGACGAUAGUUCAGGAAUAAUUAAAUUAUCCAGACAAACAGAUAAUCUGCCAAAACAUUCUGUUGUAUCUCAGGAUCGUCAGUCAUUGACUAUUUUCCGUACAUCAAAAAGUGAUAGCGGAUCAUAUCAAUGCAAUGCAAGCAAUGCCGUUGGAUGGGAUAUUAUGGAAUACAGUGUACGAGUUCGUGUUCCUCCAGCAUUCGACACAUCGAAUGUGCAACCUGAAGUACAUUGGUUUGUUAAUCAAACUCGAUCACUUGAUUGCACAUUGAUGGACGGAGUUGAUCCACCACCACAAAUUAAAUGGGAACGAAAUAAUCUGCCAAUAGUGAAUGGACCAGACAUUCAAGUGUCUGCUGAUGGCAGUAAAAUAACAGUGCCUCUUGUACAAACACGAGAUGCUGGAGAAUAUGUUUGUCAUGCUCAAAAUGAAGUUGGCAAAUCCACACAAAUAUUUAAUGUACUCAUUUAUGAUAAUAAGACAGAAAGUAUAAUCAUCAGAGCUAUUUCCGGAUAUUCAUUUAGUGAUAUUCAUCUAAGCAUUAAAACUAUACUUGUUCAACAAUAA